AUGGCUUCAGGAACGGAGAUUCUAAGGUAUAAUUCACAUUGGAGCUUGGAUAGUGGAUAUAAAUCGAAAUCGGAUGUAAACGAUUAUCCAAUUCGUAUGCAUAAUGCGGGACCAUCUGCUGCGUUUAGUAUUCUACUUUCGACUUUCACAGAGAAUUUGGAAUACAGGUGUAGAGGAUUCGAUCAAGGAUUCAAAGUUGUUCUGAGUGUACCAGGUGAAGCGUUGAAAUUGUCACGAAAUUUUUUACGAGUACCCACUUCAGCAGACACGUUCAUAAAAAUUACACCCAAAUUGACCACGUUCUCAGAAGGCAUACUCAAAUACACACCAGCGCAACGUCAAUGUUUCCAUAGCGAUGAGCGUCGUUUGCGUUUUUACAAAAUCUACACAAAAAGUAGCUGUGAAGUGGAAUGUUUGGCCAAUUUUACCAAUAUCGAAUGUGGAUGCGUUAAAUUUUCCAUGCCAAGAGAUAAACACACAAAAAUGUGCGGUGGGGCUAGUGUGAAGUGUUAUCGAAUUGCUGAAAAGAGAUUGGCAACCACUGCUCAAUCAUUCCGUGACCAAUGCAAUUGUUUACCUACUUGUACGUCAAUUGAAUACAAAGCAGAAGUCGAUCGAAUCAAUUAUGAUGCUAAGGAUGCUGUAGAAUCUAUGGCGGGUGAUGGCCGAGUCCCUUAUAAGUAG